AUGAUUCCACACGAUGAACACCUCAAAGCCGCGAGAAGUGAAGCGAACGAGUCAUUGGCGGCACGUUCCCACCCAAUCAAUGUCUACGGUAGGAGCAAAGCAGAAGGUGAAAAGCGUUUGAUAGAAGCUGACCCAGAUGCACUAAUAAUACGUGGCAACUGGAGUUUUUGGGCAGACAAGUUUGAAAAGAAUUUUGUAUACCAACUAUGCAAGAAAAGUAUUAGUUCAGGUUCCACCUUCAAGUAUGUAGUAGAGCAAAUUGGUUGUCCAACCUACAGCAGAGAUUUAGCAGAAUGGACUUCGAAGCUAUAUAAACUCUAA